GUGAGGCUGUCCUUUUAGAAGAAACCUCUAAAACGAUAGAAGAAUGUGAAAGUUUGUGCAACUCUAAUGAAAUAUGCCAAGGAUUCCAUUACGAAACCGAUGAUGGUUUUUGUCAAUUAACACUCUCAAAUAUUGCUGUUAUCGUCGGAAUUUUUUCAAGCUACUGCGAAGACUGUUUCUUUUAUCAGAGACAUUGCCCAAAAGGAUGUUUAGAUACAUAUACUGUUGAUCAAUACAGAACGGGCAAUGCUGUUUAUAUGGAAAAUACCUUGACGGUAGGGGAAUGUGAAGCUGAAUGUACUAAAGAUAGUUUCUGUGAAGGAUUUGCAUACAGGACCGAUAAUUCCCGCUGUCAGCUAUCUACCUCCAACAGCGGUACUCCCAGCUUUUGUAGCUCUUGCUAUUUCCAUAAAAGACAAUGUUCAACAGGAGGAGGUUCGGGAGGCGUAGUAACAGUUGCAGGAGGCGUAGUAACAACUGCAGUAGGCGUAGUAACAACUGAAGGAGGCGUAGUAACAACUGAAGGAGGCGUAGUAACAACUGGAGGAACAUCAUCUACUGAAAUGGUCACCAAAAUAGAAACUACAGAAACACCAUCAUCUGAAAUAAUAACGAGUACUCAAUCAACGAUAGAAAAGACAACAAAUAAUUGGUUAACAACUCCUAUAGAAGUAAUUUCAACCAGUAAUUCCAUUCAGUGCAGCUGUGUUUGCAUUGAAUUAAACAUUACACUUGAAGAGUCCAUUGAACGUAGAAAAAAGGAACUGGAAAUAAAUGUAGAUGAAUUAUCCUCAACAAAAAGAAAGUUAGUCAGCGUAGAUGAUCCUCGACCCUCGGCCAAAACGAUAGGUUACGUGGGAUUGGCGUUUUGUGUCUUACUAGGAGCAUUGAUCGUUAUACCAGAUUUUUUCUCAGUUGUAUUUUUCAUUUUUCGAAGAAUUAAAAACAGGAGCUAUUAA